AUGGAGCAUGCCCGCGGAGAAGGGCGCGGCUCGUAUCUUUGGGGAAGAUCUGUUCACAACGUUCGUAUAGAACGUUUAUGGGUUGAUGUUAGCCACUAUUGCAGCCAAACCUGGCAUGACCUAUUUACUCUUCUGGAGAUGCAUCAUGGACUUCAGGUUUCGAAUUUGAACCACAUAUGGUUACUUCAACAUCUUUUUCUCCCUAUGAUCAACGAACAACUUUCAUUCUGGGCCGAAUCCUGGAAUAAUCACCGGGUUUCGCAGCGUCUCGGUCCAGCGCGCAGCCCGGAGGACAUGUUUGUAUUUGAUUCACUUGUCAAUGGUGUUCGUGGUGAUGAAAUUGGCCAAUUCACGAUGACCGAUGAAGAACUGGAAGUAUUUGGAGUAGACUGGGAGGGCUUACAGGAUGAGACAUUACUACGAACACUCCGGACAAAUUAUGCUCAUGAAGGGUCAGGCUCCUGGCUUGGCCGUAGAGGACCUCCUUCAGAUCUCAAUGAAGUGCCUGUAAAUCCACCAUUGGCUCUUCUUACUCCCGAACAAAUCAUCUCACUUAAUUGGCAACUUCAACACCACGUUCGCCUACCCCGUGAACAGGAAGUAGUACAGCUUUGGAUUGAUGCCCUUGCGAUUGUAAGGACCAUGUAUCCAGAUGAUUUAUAG